UCAUCCCUCGCGCUGACAUCACGCAGAGGAUUUGCCACAAUGUCAAACAUAAGCAGACAGCGCGAGCUCAUGGCUUCCCCGCGCCACAAAGACACGCAUCACCGCGUGCGCCGGCUCGUUCUAUAAUCACAAAACUCAUCCGACCUUUUAUGGGUUCAUUCUGCGUCCGAGGAUGUUUUUCGGGUGAAAAGUUCCCAGGCUGGCUGUAACAUUGAUGCUCUUCGGUUAUUACGUAAUGGGAGUGCGGACUCUGCUGAGCAGAUGUUAGAGAGGUCCAUGUGAGCGUUUGAUCCCAGUCAGAGGUCAUGCUGCGGAGGAAGUCUGAUACCCACAGCCUGUUUACCCCCGGAGAGACAUCUGAUAAUGACUGUGAGUGAGGACGAGUAAGUCAGGAGAAAUUUCUGUGAUGAGUACCAUGGAGACCCAAAAAAGCGACACCCUUUGAGAUGGGGGCGAGCUGUGAAGAGGUAGAUAUAGUGUGCCUGUGCGAGGCUGGUCCCUGUACACUUUAUUCAGAAGCACACGCGCCUACGCUGGACACUCUGCUAUGUGAACACUGUGGAAAAAACAGAGUCAUGUUAACCAGGUACUCUGAGGGAUAUGGCACAGAGGAGGAGUGUGCAUUAUCCGACCCUCAGGGAGAAAGCGAUGCAGAUGCUGACAUAGAGGACACGGACUGCAGACUGCAGGAGCACAGUUCUCUCCAGCGAAUCAGCUCGCGCCGACGCAAACGUCCUCGAGUGGCGCGCCAAGACACCACGGAGAGCGAGGAUGACGGCGGGCGGAGCCACAAAACCCAUCGCUGGAACCUGCGGCUCAGUCCUGACAGAGCACACAGCAGGACUAUCCUGGAGGAGAGUGUUUCCCAGGUGAGGCCGCUGAUCAUCACUGGGCCCAACGUUGAGAAGCAGAAGAGUCCGGCGGACCUGCCCCGAGGCUCUGAGCUGAUGUCCCUGUGGCCCUCGUCCCUCUCUCUCCCCAUCAAACUGCUGCUCCUGCUGCCUGUCUCCCUCUCCCUCGUCAUUGUUAUAAUCUCUUUCCUGCUGCCCUGGACCGCCACAUGACAUAACAUCACAUUUUGGUUUCCAAACAUCCAACAAAUGUCACCAUGUCUUAUAAUGUAGUCGAUAGCAUACAUGUUUUUAAAGGAUUAUAAAAAAAACAAUGGAAGAUAAUUAGAAUUUUUGCUGCGCAGAUCAUGUAAAAUUAGAUCCCCGGAGGAUGCUGAAUGCUUUCUUGCCAAAAUCAGACGAUACCACUUUUCAUGGAGCAUUCGGUCGCAGCUAAAAGACCAAUACAAGCUGAGUUCUUGGCUGCGUCUCAAAGCUCGCCCUAAGUUUCAGUUUCUCACCCCCUCGUUUGUAAAAAUAGACCUCUCAUCUUGCGGCCCUGUUGUAAUGAGCUGCAACAACCAUGUGGGGGGGGGGGGGCUCAGGGUUGCGCAGGAGCUUUUAAACAGGGUUAUAACACUCUCUGUAGGAAAACAUGUGAAAGACGAUGCUGAUACACUAUGCAAUUCCUUCGUUCUGGCAUUAUGAGAGUGGGGAAAGAUCUGCGUCGUCGUGUCCUUGGCCUUGUCACACAACCCCCCCGACCCCUACGGAGUAUGUUCUGUUUGCGCAAGGACUUGUGGCUCUAAAUAGCGUGCAAAUUUUAAAACCAAUAGGAGCUGAGAUCCGAUAUGGGUUCUUUUAUGUAUAAUCUGCAGAACCGCCGUCGGUAUAAUGAGCAAAUAAACAGAUCACGUGGAUUUUUAAAAUAUUUCUUUUUUAAAUUCAGAUUAUUUUAACCCUAGUCCUUCAUGACAGAACCCUGCUGUGUUAAUAGUACAAUGAGCUGACCUCAAAGAACAACAUGAGCUUUUGUGGAAACUACUGUAACUAUAUUCAACGUUUUCAUAGACACCAUAUUCACAUAGUGUCGACAUGGCAAAUGUGGAUGUUAUUUAUGUCGGUCAACGUAUAAUUGUUUAGAAAAACUGACCUUGACAAUCAAUCUCGCUAGUUAUUACAAGCUGAAAGGCAAACUGGUGAAAGCCAUUUUAACUUCUCUGUACUGUAUGUUAUAUUUAUUUAUUUCAUUAUGUAAUUUUCUCUUAACUUAAAAAAUAUCUUUAAACUCCACUUGCAGAAGGGGGAAAUGAUUGUUAUUAAUUAUCAUCCUGUUGUACUUUAUCCUAUUAAAUACUGUGAAUUA